AUGGACAAUCCUCAUCCAUCCGGCAACACACCGAAUAGUCUUGGGUCUCCACAGUCCCCGGCGUCGGGCAGCGGUAAAUUCCCACCGUCUGGAGGCCCCAUCAAGCGCCGAGCCCCUAUCGCGUGCCGGAGAUGUCGGCGUAUGCGCAGCAAGUGCCUGCAUGAGAAAGAUCCUCCCUGCAAAUCAUGCCUCGAGGCUGGGGUGCCCGAGGAGUGCGAGUUCCCAAGUCGUGGAGACCCUGACGAGGAUCGGUCUUUUCGUCAUCCCCGCCAAAGGGCUGAUAGGAGGUCCAAAGUCGACACCACCGGAGUGAAAAGGGAAUCGGUGUCCGCUCCAGGGUUUCAGGAUACACUCACGAACGCAAAGCUUCCCAAAUGGGAAGACGAGUGGUCACUACUUCCUGAAAUCGACAUCGUAAAAGAAGGUGUUAUUGCCUUCACCCUCCACUUUUUCCAGUUGGGGUUUAUACCGAAGGAGAGGUUCCCUCUGCAGAUCGAGCAAAACCCAAGCUCUGUCAGCGUGUUCUUGCUUUUGAGCAUCCUCAGUAUCUCUGCAAAGUUCAACAAGAAGAUUCAGAUGCGCUACGGGGCAAGUCAACGAGCAGUUGAGUGGUUCAUGAGGAGCGCAGAAAGGUUGGCUCUCAAUGAGUUGUAUCAACAACCGACGCUGGAAAGAUGUCAAGCGUUCUUGCUGUUGAGCAUCGCCCAACAAGGCAACGGGAUGACGAACUCCAGCUAUAUCAACAUGGGGGUGGCCACAAGAAUGGCUGCGCUAAUGAGACUUCAUCGUGAAGAGACAUAUGAGCGAGUAACAUCAAAGUCAUCGCCCGAAGAGAUUAUACGUGCCGAGUCGGCCAGGCGCACCUUUUGGGUAUUACACAGCCAGGACAAUCUACAUAGCGGCCCGUACAAACCCGUGUCGCUCGCUUCUAGCGAUAUCACCGCUCUUUUGCCGUGUGACGAGGAAGAUUUCAAGAACGCGGUAGUUCCGCAUAGCCGGGCAGCAUUAGAAGGAACAAUACCCGCUACACAUCACCCACACCUGACCACACUCCGUCCAAGAUCACUGUUCGCAACACUCAUCCAGACUCACCAUUUAUGGGGUAUCGUUGCGCGAAGGGCUGUCGCAAAUGAAAAGAGCUCAAAGCCAGGAAAUGACAGUAGCGACUACUCGAGGAUGGCUGCACGACUGCGGUAUUUUGAGGACAACCUCUUCCAGGACCACAAGUUUGGCAUCAAAUCAUUGAAAGGACACAGGCAGGACAACGAGGAUCUUGCAUUCUUAAGUUGUACGGCUGGCUUACGACUUUGCAACAUCGUCUUGAGAAAGGCCUACAUGGAUGAGAUGAUUCAGGCAGUACGAAGCAACCCCAGAGAUCCUAGUGCCCAGGUUUAUCGCAAGAUGGCGGAAGAGCUUGUGGACAACGUCAGGAUGUUGUACGAGCAAGUCGACGCUCAAUACAGCGAUGACCGAUUAUCCGAGGAAAGGGUUGGGUCACAGAUGGCUACGUUCACUAUAUACGGCUGCGGUCUACUAGCCGCUUACAUGGUGAAGUUUCCUCAGCUUGAUAUCCACAGACGUCCUGAUGAAGUUCGUGUGGAAGGAAAGAUGAUGUACGACCGUACCGUCACUAUCUUGGAGGAGGCUCAAGCCAUGUGGCCACUUGCCUCAAGUUGGCUCAGAGGUUUGAAGAAAUGGUUUGAGGAUCCAAACACCAAUAGGGUUCCUUUCGAGAGCGGAACCAUGACAGAUGGGCAAGAUCCACAACCACACGCACUACUACACCCCCCAACAUCGACUUCUUCCUGGCAGAACAAGAUGUCUACACUAUACCGCACAAAGUCUACGCCCCCACGCACGCUGGACACACGUCACAGUCCUAUGGUACCAGACCAAGAACCCACGACUCUACCGCCGUUACAGCAUACAUCCAUGACACCGAGCCACGCAGAACCACUCUCCCUGCCUCCAAUCUCCCCAUACGCACAUCAUCAACCGACCCCACCACCCCAGUACCAGGUGUCACACCAACCCAUGGGGCAUCCCGGUCAGCACGAGGGUUUCUACGCCCUGUAUCAGGCUGCCCACCACCCAGCGCCACCACAACACCAUCCACCGGGAGUUUACCCCAAUGCCUAUGUGGCGGACUACCAGUCAAUAUCGAUACCGGACGACGGGUUCGGAUUCAAUCUACAGCAAAUGCUGGACCCCUCGUGGUCUGCCCCCAAUGCGCCGGCCGCCCUCUACAAUUACCAACAGCCUAAUAUGCAGCAGUACCCUCCGUAA